AUGGGCGUGUCUUUCCAGGUUGCAAAGACGGGUACGAGGUACAAACAAAAGGUGCUUCCGGAGGAGGACAAAGACAACGAUGAAGAUGACUCGGUUUCUGACUCUCGGGAUAGAGAUGACGAGGUUCAUUCUACUGGAAUGGGAGCUAAGGUUGCUGAUCCUUCAACUGUAUUAGUCAAUUUUCGACAGCAUUCAGUUUCAGACGACUUUGAGGUAUCCUUUUCACUGAAGUUGUUUCAGAAUGGCUUUUCUGUGGGUAAAGCUACUGAGUUUCUCAAUGAUAUACCAGAGCACUUGCAUCCAUAUGAUAGAGUAUCAGAGACACUUUUUUCUGCCAUUGAGUGUGGUUGGUUACCUGGAGAUAUGUUUGAUGGUUUACCCUGCAAAUAUGUCAAUGGAGCCAUCCUUUGUGAGAUUCAAGACUAUCGCGGUUGUUUUAUCCAAGGAAGAGCUGCCAAUUCUACAAAAAAGAUUCCAACUGUUCACAAGGUUCUCCUGCAUAUGCGCAUGGAAAAUGUUGUCAAGGACAUCUUGUCGAUCUCUGAUGCUUCUUGGACCUAUAAUGAUUUUUUGAAAGUUGAAUCUCACAUUCUCAAGGCCCUGCAACCUGAUCUUCAUCUAAAUCCACAGCCAUUGCAAGGCAUACACUCCGGACAACCCUUAAGCAAGAAGGUUGAUCUUGGAAUUAUGUGGAGCUGGAAAAAGCGAAAGCUGAGUAAUGCAUUAAACACUGACCUAGAUUUCAGCAACUCAUCUCAUUUAACAGGCAUUCCUGUUAAUUGUGCUACUCAGAGUUGCAGCUCUCUAUUUGGUCUAUCGUAUCAAGAAAGAGGAGUUACAUUUUCGGAGCACAAUGUAUCAACCUCUGCUGUCAAUCCACAAGAAAACAACGUUCUACUGGAGAACUCAGUAUCCAAUCCUUCGACAUCGAAGCCUAUAUCUAAAGUAGCAGACAGUUGCAACCAGUCUUCUUUAACAGUGAUGACCACAUCUAAUUUUGUCUCUUUACCCAAACGCAGCCUUAAUGACUCUAAUAAUGAUUUGAAUAAACCCAGUGCAUCGGUUCUUGGUAAGAUAGUUAGAUGUGAUUCACAAGCAGUUCAAGGACCGCUUCUUAAAAAACUCAAGCAAGAGCCUAUAGACUCAUCUUAUGAACAGCUUACUGGAAGCCAAACUGGAAACAGUCUUCUACCUUAUCUACAGUGGAAGAACAAGCUGUUGCCUCAGCGGAUAGGGGAUGGAAAAGUUCCACAUGAAAGAUCUCAGGAGAAAGUGUGUCCCUCGAGGGUGAUAAAUAAUGACCAGACAAGAAGGUUUCAAGGAAUCUCAGAGCUGCAGGCUGGAAUGGCUACUUCUAAUGUUAAGUUAGAGCCUGACAAAAAUAAUUUCCUCAGUUCAUAUUUUAGAAAGAUUAAAGAUGGGGACUUUGUGAUGGACAGGAUGCUUGUUCAUUCUAAUGUUGCACAAUCACAGAAUCAACAGUCAUCAACUCUAUUUGGAGACAAUAUACCUGCUGAUACAUCAUGGAAGUACAUGGGUCAACCUGUUGACAAAAAUAUACAAAACAGAAGUGUCACUCACAUGAGGAAGGAUUUGGUGAAAUGUCAGGUUACGACUCAUGGAAAAUGUGGAUCUCCAAGUUCACCAAACAUAAAUUCUCUGCCCACAGAGGUAUCUGUUCCUGCAAAGCAAAAAACAAACCCUGGUCCUAAACGCUCCAGAAAAAAGGCUGUUGAUUCUAGUGCUGGCACGAGCAAUAUCUCACAACCAUCAGAACUUAAAGUUGAACCUGUCCUUGAGAGGUUUUUGAAGAUUCAAGCGGUAACUGAGAGGUAUGGACUACAUAACAGGAAGUGUAAAUUGGACACAUCUGUGCAAAGGAGACCCUCCUUUCCCAUUACUAAAUUGGUUGCUUUCCAACUCUUAUCUUCAAAAGAUAAUCAGUACUGGGAUAAUACUUCCACAGAUAAAAAUUCUCUCACAGAAUGCUCCAUGGACUGGGGACGCAGUAUGAAUAGGAGGGUAUUGACUUUUCUACGUCAGUCUCACAUCCCUCAAGAAAAUGGGAUUCCCAUCGUUGAUAGAAAGGCUCAGGUCAGACUGGUCAUAUCAGAGAAGCUUAAUGAGGGAAGUGUCGAAGCAAGCGUGUUUUAUGGAAUUGAAAAAGAGGUGUUUUCAAUUGAUUAUCCUCUCCUAUCAGCCUUUACUAGCACUAAUUCUGCAGACCUUUUGGCUACUGAGUUCACUACAUUGAUGAAGCGUGAGGGAUACUACCUAUCUAGUGAUCACGUAGAGCCUACACCUCUCAAGGCUGAUGGUGGCUUGAGCAAUCAGCGUAGUGCUAGUAUUAGAAUUGGCACUCCAUCCGCUGGAACAAUCGAGCUACCUUCUUCAACUCUAACCCCAGAGAUAUCACCUUCAAGACUCAGUCCCGUAUCCAUGCAACUCCCAUCACAGAAUAUUUUCUCUGGGGGCCAAUCGCUCCAUUCUGAAAACAUAUGGGCAGCUCUCGCAAAUAGUUGUGUAUCCAAACUACCGCACACCAUUGCCGCACAAACCAAUUGCAUGAUGCCGCAAGUCCAGGAGCUUCUGAAUAGGCGUGCCUAUUUAGUGUAUCAGAUGCGACAAAGAAAACUACAACAAAAUGAAAUCAGACAGACCAGAUUGGAACUUGGAGGAUCGGGUACAAGUGUAGGUGGUGGUAUGACUGAGCAGGCUGGUAGAGCCCAGGGGCUUGGAAAUGCUGGUCUUGGUUCAUUUGGUAAUGUCACAGGCAUGAGGUCCUCCACUUCCCCUAGGGCAUUGGGAGGAUGGAUGCCCCGGGCUGGAAAUGUAGGCCAGUUUAACAAUCUUGGUUGUGGAACAUCUGGUUUAAAUGACAGCAAGCCGCUUCCCGGUCUGAUGUCUGAUCGUUCAACGGGGCUUUCAAGUAAGUUGAGGGUAGCAGAAGGCCAAGGGAUGAAAGCCUUGAUGAGUGGGGCUCCAGUUCAAAAAAAGGCAGGUCAUGGGGUUCCAAUGGACAUAUCAAAUAUUCCAAACCUGGCUAGUAAAUUAAGCAAGGAGCAGCAGCUACAACCGCAGGUGCAUCAGCCAAUCCAGCAACCACAAAAAGAUAUGGUGCAGCCAUUACUCCAGCAUGUAAGUUCACCUCAGAGUCAGGUUAGCCUUCGUCAACAAUUUGACCAACAGUCUCAGGUGAGCCAGCAACUGAGCCCAGCGCCAGCACCACAUCAGGUGAAUGGAGAUGUGGGUCAUGGAAGUCCAGAGAGGAGCUCUCAGACUCAUGGGUCUGUGGGAAGUAUCAAAACUGAAGCUCCAUGA